CAGAGGUGCCUCCACACCAACCACCACCUCACAACACCACAAACGUCCAGAUCAAAAAGCAACAGAACAAGAAGUGGUGAUGAUGUUAGUCUAGAAGGAAGAACUUGUUUGCUUUGCUGAACAUUCUACUCUACAUUUCCACUUCUCCCACCAGCCAUUAUCUUGACCAGCCAGAUUAUUGAGCAAGCAGCCCUCUUUUUAAAAUAUCAACAAUGAUGUCUUCCACAACUUUUGCUAGAAGAUUCUCUCUUGUGGGAAUCUUACUCUUGAGCUUGGAGCUGGUUUCCAGUUUUACACCUCAGUCGCCUUCCAUCUCCAUAAGUAGCAGAACCUCGACUCGAGUCUUCUCGGAAGCCACAGUAGCUCCCAAGGGCUUUGGAGCGGUGCAAGAAAAACCAACCAAACGGCAAGCCGAGGAAGAUACUCGACCGGUGGAUGUUAUUAAAGACGAGUUGGUGAAUUUGAUUCCCAGCAUGACGGGCCAAGAAGACGAAUUCCGUCGUGUCGAGCAAUUGGUCAAUGCGUUGGAGGAUAAAUACACACCUUCGCAAACCCUCGGAUUUUUGAAUUUGGCCAUGGCGGGAGAAUGGCAACUUUUGUUUAGUACCAACUUGGCCAGUCCGGGAAAUCCGGCCAAAUUCCGAUUGCGCGAAUUAUUUCAAAAAAUUGAAACGUCCAAUUUGAAGGGAACCAUUACCAAUCAGGCCGUGUGGGAUUUGGCAGACGAUCAAGACUUUUCAUUCGAUGCCACGGGGACCUUUUCCGUCGUCUGUCCGUACACUAUUAAUCAAGGUGCUCGCAUGGUGGUGGAGGAGGAGUGCGAUCACGUGUUGCGGUUGGGGGAAGGAUCCAAAGUUCCCAAGGAUGUCCAGGGGCUCGUAGGACGCUUGCAUCGUGCCAUGCCCAAGGAACUCUUUGAUCCACAAGAUCACGCCAUGGAUACCACCUAUCUCGAUGUCGAUCUGCGCAUUGUGCGCAUGACGGGACCUCGAUUGGAAGGUGUUCGAGGCAUCUUUAUGCGACGAGGUAGUCUCCAAAUUGAUCCGACAGCAACGACGAACAAUAGUGAUGACAACAACAAUAGCAUGGAGUAGAAAAUCAAAGCAAAACGCACAACUAAUUGUGGGUGGAGGAACACUUUACACUCGAUCCGUCCAUUCAUUAUCAAAAAUCGCCGAUCUGGAACGAAAGGACGGACCAAUUUGUGCCAGGUUCGAGGAAGGGCUGCAUGGCUGGCUUGCAUGCAUGCAUGGUGGUACGACACAGGACGCUUGGCAAACUCUACAUCAUUGAUGCAUGAAGCAGUACUGUACCGCACACAGCACAACGAAAAUGAUCCAGACAUUAUCUUUAUGCGUGCAUGUUCUAACACUAGGUAUUUUAGAGAAAAAGAUUGGUCCUGUUGGUCU